CUGAAGUUAGUUUGGUCUGUAGUUCCUGUGCGGAAACAUUUAAGGAAGUUAGGGCGGUGGUUGUGAGAGGGCAGCACGGGCUAACUGACUAUCCAGCUUUUCGGGAAUCAGGUAAACACAACAGCCAAAAUGUCGAGCAAAAGGGCAAAGGGAAAGACCACCAAGAAGCGCCCCCAGCGUGCUACUAGCAAUGUGUUCGCUAUGUUUGACCAGUCUCAGAUCCAGGAGUUCAAGGAGGCCUUCAACAUGAUUGACCAGAACCGUGAUGGGUUUGUCGACAAGGAGGAUCUGCAUGACAUGCUAGCCUCACUGGGGAAGAACCCGUCUGAUGAGUACCUGGAGGCUAUGAUGACUGAAGCUCCUGGGCCCAUCAACUUCACCAUGUUCCUCACCAUGUUUGGUGAGAAGCUCAACGGCACGGACCCUGAGGACGUAAUCAGAAAUGCUUUUGCCUGCUUCGACGAAGAGGGUACAGGUGUCAUCCAGGAGGAAUACCUCAGAGAGCUGCUGACCACCAUGGGUGACCGCUUCACAGACGAGGAAGUGGACGAGCUCUUCAGGGAGGCACCCAUUGACAAAAAGAGCAACUUCAACUAUGUGGAGUUCACGCGCAUCCUAAAACACGGAGCCAAGGAUAAGGACGAUUAAGACCACAACCAUGACAGUCAUAUUAUGGUUUCUCUCUGGCCCCUCUUCUCCUUUACACCCAGCUAGACCAUCUUGCUGCAUGUCUCUGCUCUAUAAAACCCAUGUUAAGCAAGGCGAAACCACUGCUAUCAACCAUACCUGGGUCAUUCCACCAAUUCAAUGCCUUUUGAAAAGUCUAACUUGGUAAAAGGAAACAAUUUUCUGUCAAGGCCUCUUGUUCAUUAAGUUUUCCAUAUGAUAAAUAAGCAUUACUAUAGUAACAGGGCUGAUUAUUUCCUCUUAAAUCACAUUUUCAUUGGGAAUGGAAGCUUGUGUGCAACAGGGAGUGGCAAUUGAAUGACAAUUGUUUAAAUCUGUGUCAUAGGGUUGAUGUGUUUAUGCCCCACCUGUUCAAUGUUUCUUUAGAAAAUAAUAUUUAAAGAGUAAUGGUUAAAAUGAGCGUUCAGUUCACGUCACAGGGUUUACCUUAAAUGAGGGACAAGUGUAAAUUAUUUACUAAUCACAUGACAUUAAAAAAGAUCUUCAAAUGACUGUCAAAGCAACAAAAUAAAUGGUGCUUUACAAUGAUGGUGACAUUUUGGUGUUAAGUGGGUUUUUUUUAAAAGUCGGUGUGCAUGGUGGGACACGUCAAAAUACUGACUCUUGGCACUUUAGCUAGUCUUCAUAUAAACACCGAUUUAUUCUCCAUGUGGUCUAUAUUAAAGGGCACAUUUAAAAUGCAAUUUUGGUUCACAAAUUCGACUCAAAUUAGCAAAGGGAUGCGAAAGGCACUCUUUUUGUGGAAAGACCCAGCUGUGAGCUCCCAUUUCAGCAUUGCCAGAUUUGAAAUCUGUAUUAGAAAUGUGGCUAGCUGGUGAUUGACUAUCCAAACAUGGUACUGGUCUGUGACGUCAAAAUGAUGGCAACUGCAACUCGACGCAAGUGCCUCAAAUGGCCUGGUCUAGCUGAAUUUUUACAUUUUAUAAUAAAUAUAAGCUUUAUAAAUAAAGUACUCAACUUGUAUUCUCCAUUCUUGACCCUGUUUAAAUGAUUUGACUGUUGAAAUAAACAUUACGUUGUCUGAAUGUG